UCCCUCAUGUCUGGUUGUAAGUUGUCGAAGAGUAGCUUAUUCAUAGACUUGGGUGGCCAGAUCAUUAACUGGGUAAACUGGCAUAGCCCCACUAAAGUCAAUGGAGUUUAGCCAAUUUACACUAGUUGAGAGUCUAGGCCUGGAUCCGCAAAGAAACAUACAUGGAAAAUGUAUGUUCGUCCAGCUCUAAAUUAGACCAUAGCAGUAUGACUAUGUCCCAACAAAGUCAGUAGGCUCAUGUGCCUAUAAGAUGUCACUAAAACAAUAAUAAAUGUUCCCUGUGUUUGUUCAUCAUAGUUAGAAUGUCCUGCCUUGUAUCAACCACUAUUAUCUGUCUCUAGCCCCUUUGGCUCCCUCUACAUUACUUUGUUUGUGUGUUUUUGCAGACAUUCCUUACUCUCCCAGCUCUACAAUGUACUAUCUAUUACACAGCUGUAAAUUAAUCUUACUAGUCUAUUGAUUCAGUAAGUUAAACAUGCUUGUGUGUUUCUGAAGCCUAACAAAUUUAGUUCGGGAAAGCACUUAAGCAUGUGCUUAAUGUUAAACAUGUGCUGUCCUGAUGAGGAAUGCUUUCCUGGAUCAGGGCCAUAGAAAGGAAUGGAUUCUUUCUUCCUUCUUCCUUUCUUUUUUAUUAAUUUAUUUUUCAAUUUGUAUAUUAGGCACUAUAUUAUAGUCUUCUCUUUCCUGUGUUGCAAUUUAGUUACAGUCUUGAUCACUGCAACUCCUCAGUAACAUUCCUGCUCACUGACUCAUAAGAGACCUAAGUCUCAACUCUACAGAAUUCAAUAGCAAAAACAAUCUUGCUCUAGGAAAGGCUGUGGAAUUCUUUGCAUCAGCUAGGAAGAUUUAACAAUCUUUCCUGAGAAUGAAGAUUUUGACACUGUUUAAUUUCAUCCUUGCAAAUUGUUUAAUAAUGGCCACUGGUAACUCGACUCUACAGAGUUGUUUUCAAGAGCAGCUGAGGCUCAAGGCCCAGGUGAGACUUCUGGAGUAUCGUGUGAAACAGCAGCAGGUAAAAAUUGUGCGGCUCUUACAGGAGAAGGAGAUUCAAUACCAUGACAAUGGAGAUGAAAACAGUGUUAUUGACCUGGGAGAAAAAAGACAAUACGCAGCAGAUUGUGCAGAGAUCUACAACGAUGGACAUAAACGCAGUGGAUUUUACAAGAUGAAACCUCUUCAGAGCCCUAGUGCGUUCCUCGCCUACUGUGACAUGUCAGAAGGGGGAGGCUGGACUGUUUUUCAGAGACGUUCUGAUGGCAGCCAGAAAUUUGAUAGAGUCUGGGAUGACUAUGAACAAGGUUUUGGAAAUUUUGUUUUGAGAAAUGGUGAAUACUGGCUUGGAAAUAAAAAUCUUCACUAUCUCACCGAUCAAGGAAACUAUACCCUAAGAAUCGAUCUCUCUGAUUUCGAAGGAGUACGGCGAUUUGCACAAUAUAAAAGCUUCAGAGUUGCUGGUGAAGAGGUGUCACACUUCCAACCUGAAUGGUGUGUACUACAAAGGACCUUAUACAGCAAAGACAGACAAUGGAAUUGUUUGGUACACAUGGCAUGGGUGGUGGUAUUCUCUGAAAUCUGUUGUCAUGAAGGUUUGAACAUGUCCUGGAGCAGUCUAGUAUUCAUGCAAGAUUACAGAACAAAGAUCAGUUUAUUUGUUCAAUCAUUAGAUAGGAACCACAACACAGAGCAGAAUGAAUUUGUUUCACUUGAUACAAAUUAUACAACCCAAAUAAAGAACAAUCAAAGAAAUAAUAAGGGUGUUGCUGUGUCAUUCAUGAUUGAACAAAGAACACUAUCCUAGCUACCAGCAAUACGCCAAGCAAAAAAAAGUCCUCUCUUUAAUCAUCCUUUGUGAGAAAUGUCUCAAUGUUUAUGAACUAGCAGUUAUUCUGAUAGUUUUCCUCUCUCUUCAAAUUGUUAAACUCUUUGGAGAGUGAAAGAAUGGAAAUCACAAAUCAGCAUGAAUUAAGUGGAGUGGGAGGCAUAGAUCCAUUAGAACUCUGCCUUCUAACCUCUCCUUACAGUCAGAAACCUAACAUAGUGCCACGUUUGUUUAUUUUUUCAGGGAGAAAGUGGUGCACUGAGGAGGGAGGGAAAGUUCCUACCAUAAUUUGGCCUAUAGCUUUCCUGCAAAGAUUUUUCUCUGAAGCUCCACUGACUGCCUAGAAUUACUUCUGCUAUCUCCCCCUUACACACUGCUAACCCACUAACUUCCUGUGGAUUCCUUUGAUCUUUCUUUCAAAGGGUCAGAGCCUCAGGCCAGUUCUCAGCCCAGCUGCUGGCAAAGUGCAUGUGACUAGGGGAAAAGUGCAUGGUAAGGACUCCCCAGAUCCCCAAACAUCCCUUUCAGGCUUCUCUGAUUCACAGCAGGGAUGGGAACAGUACCUCAGUGGCCCAAAGACCUGAGGCAUACAAUGCUGGCUUUAAAAUGCCUGUAUCCCUCUUCAGCUGGGUUAAGCACUGCUCCACUACAGCUGAAGAUUGGAGAAAAAGUUUCUUGGCCUUAAUUCCCCACACUUUUGGGGUGUUUCAGUUCACCAGUAUCCUGGAGCUCAACUUGGAGAUCUCCAAACAGGCACCCAAAAUCAGUGGAUAUUUUAAAACUUAGGUCUUACUGUCUCAUUGUUGCAUUGGGAUCUUCAGCCCACCAGACUCAGAUCCUAAAGAUCCCAUAUUAAUCUGUCCAUAAUGAUGUAAUAUUAUUUGUCUUAUUUUUAACUCUCACUAUGUGUCUUUUUCUCUUAUGAAUCACUCCUGUGUAUCUAGUGCUGAUUAUUGGAACAUUCUUGAGGAAUUGAAAACAACUCUUAAAAAAUGGCUACAUUCCCAUAGUGAUAGAAGCGAUGUUGUUAUGUUAUUAAAUCUCUGUGAAAUGAGCUGAAGUUUGUCUCCUGCCAUUAGAGAUUUGUUAAAGCAUCACAACCACUAAGUUGUCAUGAAUUCUGCAAUAGUGUCACAUCUGUUCUAAGUGGAUGUUGGGGAAAUGUACAAAUGGAGCUAUUUACUAUGAAAUAUGUCCUGCCUGACAGAAAAUAAAUUAAAAAAAACAAUAACAAAUAUCUGAUUUUUAGGGGGGUAAGGAAGCUGCAGAUUUACUAUAUGGAAACAUGGAAACAUAUGGCAUUGGUCCCAUUACACACAAAUCCUUUGGUAAAGAGUCCCCUGUUCUUAGCAAACAUCUCCCACCUCAGACCUCAUAAAUAUGUCUUACAGUAUAUCUAUGCAUAAAGAGUAACAUGUAAGAUACCUAUAGAAAUCUCAUAACUUGUUAAGAUUCAUAAUCAAUGAAAGAGAUAUAUAUAGGAAACAUUUAAGGAAUAAUGCAUUUAUAUUGUUAGUAUGUUUUAUGGACCUAUAUAUGAAAAAGCCCUGAAUAUUGGGACUGUUCCUAUAAAAUCCAGACAUCUGGUCACCUUACACAAUCUAAAGGGGAGGACAUGUGACUGCCCCAUGUGUCUCCUCGGUUUGUAUGGAUAUUGAUUUCUGUUCUGUACUUGAAAAGUAGCCUCUCUUUGUCCAACUGAGAUUGAGAAACAUUGGGACUGAUCCUACAGCCUUUGCUCAGGAAAAGGUCCUAUAAAAGACAAUGCUGUAGUGCUAUUCCUAAAGGUGCUACCUAUGCCCCAAGAGAAUAGUGUCUUGUGUUCUUUGUAAUACCAGUGAGUGUUUAGGUAUUUUUGGAGCUCUCACUAGUAGCUGAUGUUUGGCAGCCCUCAUGUCUCUGUUACUCACCUCUUCUAUUUUACCUACAGUAUCUUCUUUCACUUGAAUGGUAAUGGAACCAGAAAUGUAAAAUGAGACUCAAGAGAAGUCAGCUGCUUAUAAAGAUUCCACUGUCCUUUCUUGCUGGCCAACUAAUUUAGAUGCAAGCAAAUUGUAUGCUUGAUACAAAAGGGAGACUUCAUAGAGCUGGGAUUAUAUUUAAUCAUUAAAGCAAAGAGGUUUUAGUUUAUAUUGCAUCUCCAAAAAUGUUGUGACAGAUAAAUUCUAAACUAUAAUGCAUCACUAGAUGGAUUGCUAAAAAUAAAUACAUGUUUUAUACAAACCCCACCAUUACUAUCUGAGAGAACAAAAUACUUCAGAACUGUUUAUUUUAGUGCCUGAUUAUUUUAGCAUAAAUUUGCAUUUGUCAUUUCAUGCUCCUGGCCUUCCAAGGACUAAUGCCUUUGCCUGCAGAUAGCCAAAAUUAACUUAUAGAAAUAGUUUCUAUUUCUAGCUUUACACUAUAUUUUGCUUAUGUAUUUAUAUUUGGGGAGGAACUGUUUGGAGACAAUAAUGAAGAAUCAACACUAUUAACAUCCUCUCUCUAACGACACAAUGUGAAAGGUUGGGAAAAAACUUUAGAAUCUACGUUCUAUAGCUUGAUUACAAAAAUAUGUGUAAAUAUUUAAUUCUGUGGAUCUCAUUUGUUAUUUGUUUAAUAUAACAAAGAAAAUUAAUACUACAAACACCAAUUUUGCCAGGCAAUCUGGUUCAAUAGUUAGACAAUGGGCUGGGAAUCAGGGGACAUGGGUUCUGGUGCCUGCUCUGUCACCAGCUUGCUGUAUAAUAUUGGGUAAGUCAACUAAACUCCUUGUGCUACAGUUUCCCUAUAUAUGAAACAAAUAAUAAUGUUUUAGUCAUCUUUGUAAAGUACUUGAAAAUCUAUGGAGGAAAAGUGCUAUAUAAAUGUUCAAUUUAUAAUUUUAUCCAGAUUAUAAGGCAUUAGAGUUUUUCAACAAAAUCAAUGGUCAAAAUCAUUGAAACAUUUUGCCUAUUUACACUAGAGGUGAAUGUAACCUUCUGGGCCAGAUUUACUGCAUAAGCAGUGAAGAGUGAAUUUAAAUUUGUGGGAAAUUUCAAAGUUUCUAACCUUCCAAAUCAGAACAAAAUCUUUUUCAGAGUGUCACAUUUUCCCAUGGAACUGGAUUUUAAUUUGCUGAAGAUUCCCCCUAGAGAAUUCCCUCUUCAACUUUCUAUGCCAGCUGACACUUACACUCCCGGAAGAAGUAGGAAAAGGGUCCAAGUCCAGGGCCUGCUUGAGGGCAUGUUGGAGGCAGAAGGGGGCUCAGUGGAGUCAAGCUUAGCUAUUCCUGAUUCCCUGCUCUCCUAAGCUCUCAUGCUAGUAGUAGAAAUAGAAUUAUUUCUGCUUUAACUUCCACUAGGGCCAAGUGUCUGGGCAUCAGGGAGCAGCAACCAGCUCCUGUUGGCCACCACUGUCCACUAUGUCCAUGUGCAACUGUGAUGUAGCAGAGAACCAGCAAUAGUAUCUCUGGUAAUAGGAGCUCUGCCUGCUGGAGCCAUUUAAAAACACCUUGUAAAUUGUUCAUAAUAAUUGGCAGAUGAAAGCUAAAAGUACAAGCCAAGGUGCCUAGUUGUAUGAUACAACACAGAUUCUGAAGCAUACAUAUAAACUAGGAAAAAAACAGAUGUAGAGGGAUCCUUCAGGGAAUUCCAUCAGCACACACAGGACUUUAGAAAAUGUCAUGUUGUUGUUACAACUUGCAUUUUAGAAGGUGGAUAAGCAUAAAAACUGACAGGUACCCACUAACAGGAGUCUCAGCAAGAGAUUGUGGUUAAUCAGGGCACCAUAUGAGAGAGUAGGGAGGAACUUUCCUCCUCCACCCCUUCCAGCUUCUAACUCAAACUCAUGGCAAUAGAAAAGAUGCAAGUUUUAAAAAGAGCUUGCACAAAUAAUCUGCCUUCCCUUUCCAAAAUGUUCUGAAGCUGUAUCCUGAUUGAUAAUCUGUGUCAGAGAUUUGUUUAUGAAGUGCAACAAAACAAACCGUAACAAACAUUAUAGGCAGCACAAGUAGUGAUACAUGUAGUUAAGGUUACCUUGUAAUUUCUAUUAUAAUACAGUUUUCAGUUGCAUAUAAUUUGA